AUGAAUUCAUCAUCAGAAGACAAACCCAAGAAGCCUGGAUUAUUAAAUAAUAUUAAGAACGGAAGCUUAAUAACAGUUGUUGUUGCAGGAGCAGGCACUGCUUUAACUAAGGCUGGAUUGGCACUUUAUGGAUUCUCUUCCAUAGGACCAGUUGCAGGAAGCUUUGCUGCAGCUGCUUAAGCUAGCAUUGGAUGUGUUGCAUCAGGAAGUGCCUUUUCUAUAGCUCAAGGAUUAGCAAUGUCAGGAAUCGGAUCCAUUGCACUACCAGCAGUCGGAGUGGGUGCAUUAGUAGGCGGUUGCUAUGUAGGAUAUAAAGAAUUAAGAAAAUGA